GGCUUCCGUACGUGAUUCCUUCGCGAUUCCGAAAAUCUGGAAAAAUCCAUUUGUUUAUUUUAUUUUUUGUUCUUCAUUUUGUCCGAAACAAAGCGUUCAUGUUGGUACUUAUAAAGCGUUUGUUUUUUUUAACUCUUUAUCCAAAAACUAAAACUUAACUUAAAGGCAGAAAAUAAUACAAAAGCUUUUUAUUGUAUAUAGCUUGCUAUAGGUAAAAGGUUGUAACUUCUAUAUUAACACACACACACACACACACACACACACACACACAUAUAUAAUGUGACAGAUCAUUAGUAGUCUAAUUACGAACUUUAAAUAGUUUUAAAUUGCAUACUUGGUUGAUUUAGUGCUAAAAUAUACAAAAUCCUGACUUCAUAAAGAGUCUAAACUAAGGCUAAACGUGUUAGUUAGAGUUCUGUUGUUUAUGUCAGACUACACUCUUAAAACCCAACCAUUUAUUGGGUCCUGGGAAGUUUCCAAAAGAGCCAGUGGAGACAGACCUAAGUGAUCACAUGCUGGUCAGAUCUGACAUUCCUGCUGUGUGUGUGUGUGUGUGUGAGUGUGUGUGAGUGUGUGAGUGAACUCAUUUAGAGUUUCCAACCAAAACCCCACUUGAUCAUAUGUAACACUGAUUAGAGAUUAUUGUUUUCCUGAAAUGGAUCUCAGUUUUUAUUAAGAUUGUUCACAACCAAAGAGAAAGAGAGAGAGAGAGAGAGAGAGAGAGAGAGAGAGAGAGAUGGCCGACAUCAGAACAUAUAAUGUAGUGAUUCUGGGAAUAGCAUUUUUACUCGUUUUUACAGCCUUCACCACCUGUGGAAAUAUAGAACAAACUGUGGUGAAAAGUCUGGAUAACGCUACGUUCAGUGGAAGCGGGUAUCACAGCCUUGGCGUAAUAUAUGGAGUUUUUUCCUUUGCAAAUUUAUUCGCUCCCUCUGUGGUAGCGGUAAUCGGACCACGGUUUAGCAUGUUCAUCAGCGGACUCCUUUACAGUGGUUAUAUAGCUGUAUUUAUAAUUCCAUCGACCUGGUCGUUUUAUUUCACCUCGGUGCUGAUUGGGAUGGGAGCAGCCUUGCUUUGGACGGCUCAAGGUCGCUUUCUGGUUGGGAAUUCGGACGCCUCUACUAUUAACAGUAACACAGCGAUAUUUUGGGCUUUGUUACAAUGCAGUAUGUUGUUUGGCAACCUUUAUGUUUAUAUAGACUGGAAAGGAAAAACGGACAUAUCAGACGAAGACAGAAAGACGAUGUUUAUCGCUCUGUUGGUCAUCUCUGCGGUUGGAACACUAAGUUUCCUCCUUCUGCGAAAGUCAGGCGGCGAGGAAGAGGAAGACGUUCUGUCCGAAGAGGAAGGCCAGCUCUUACUCUCGUCCCGAUCGACAUUUAAACAGCGAGCCAGCGACGCCUUAAAAGAGGCCAAGGCAGAUUUCAAGACAAUGCUGCACCUUUUUUGCACAAAAACUAUACUACUGUUAAGCUUCUCCAUGGCGUACAGUGGUCUGGAGCUGUCAUUUUACAGUGGUGUGUACGGAACUUGCAUCGGAGCUACGACUCAUUUUGGAGGCAGCUCCAAAGCCCUGAUAGGCAUGUCAGGGAUUGUGGUGGGAAUCGGCGAGAUUGUCGGUGGAGGUCUGUUUGGCCUUGUGAUGAAGAACAACCACUUCAGACGCACGUCAGUUGUCUUCCUCGGAAUGGUGGUGCAUUUUAUUGCCUUUUACCUGAUCUAUCUCAACAUCCCAAGCGAUGCUCCUGUGGUCUUGGACUCUAGCCCACAGCUCAUCCCUUAUCUGUCUCCAAGCGUGUCCGUCGCCUUACUCUGCAGUUUUCUGCUUGGGCUCGGAGACAGCUGUUUCAACACUCAGCUUUACAGCAUCCUGGGCUGUGUUUACACUGAACAAAGCAUUCCAGCCUUCGCUAUCUUCAAGUUUGUUCAGUCUAUUUUUGCAGCAGUGGCGUUCUUCUACAGCGGUUACCUGCUCCUGAGCUGGCAGCUCCUCAUCAUGGUCAUCAUGGGCUUCAUGGGAACGCUGUUCUUCUUCAUAAUGGAGCGGACGCUGAACGUCUCAGCCGAUCUGCCACAAUACUAGCUCUUCUCUUUACACAUUCAGGCUUUGUAUUCACAAUCAUCCGAAACGUACACUGUAUCGGUGCCGUGUUAGCCGUUCUCACACGACUAGCAAUAAUAACGACACAGUCGUUGGAGCUGUUAUUCUUUUAUAUUUUUAGACACUCUACUUGAUAAGAGACAGAUUACUUUAUGAUUCAGUUUAAUGAGAUCCAGUCGAUGAGAGACAAACUGAUAAAAUACUCUCUAUGUCCAAAAGUAUUUGCACCCCUGACCGUCACACCCAUCUGUUCUUGUUGAACAUCUCAAUCCAGAUUUAUUCCCAUCUCUCUUUGCUGUUCUAUAUAAUAAUCAGCUCCACUCUUCUCUUCUGUAUCGUGUAGUCUUUACAGAAGAUGUUGGAGCGAGUCUGUGUGGAUUUGUGUUCAUUCAGCUACAAGAGCAUUAGUGAGAUCAGACACUGAUGGUGUAAGAGUGAGGAGGUCUGGGGUUCAGUCGGUGUUCAGUGGGGUUGAGUCAGAGUCAGAGAUCUUCCACUCCAACCUUCACACACCAUGUCUUCAAGGAUGGGAAAUGUGAAUGUUACAUCCUGCUAAGGCAUCAGUGUAAACAACAGUCUCAAGUCUCACAUGAGACUAUAUGUCUGUUUACUACUGUAUGCGUGUGAUGAUCAGGUGUCCACAUACUUUUGGCUAUAUGUGUUCUCCUUGCUGUAAUACUAAAUACUAAGCUUCUAUGAAACAAUCGAAUGCUUGUGGUUCGAGGCUUUGUGAUGACUUCAUUCAUAAGUUAUCCACUUUGUCCAUAUGUGUAUGUAUUUCUCAAAAAUAUAAGAGUUACUUUAAGAUGUGUAAGAUAUCAUCCUAACCUGCACUAAGAACACGAUGAAUGUUUCUGGGUUGCUGUUAGCUCUCUUAAAAUACGAUUCAGACCUUCCCUUGUUCUGUAUGAUUAUAAUUGCCAUCUAGCGAAACAUACGGCGUGAUAUUAGGUAUUAGGGGGUGACCCUUAUUAAUCAUGUUAUAGACUAAUUUUCUCAUUGUGAAUUAUUCAUGCUUCACACAUUAUUUUUAUGCUUUUUUCAGCACAAGGAUGUUUUUUGAUGUAUAAUGAUGCAUAACAUUCAUGUAUAAUGAAUAGUAAUAGACACGUUUAGAGUUCUGUAUCCUGCCACAAUAUAAAAUAACUCAGUAUUCCAAUUUAUUAACAUCUUCAUUUUAAUGUCAUUUUAAUGUCUUUUUUUUUUAAUAUGUAGCUUGUUGGCUUUCUUAUCAUUAAGAAACAUCUUAUGCCGAACGUGUUAAUUUUACUGUGUACAUACCACAGAUUUUCUUUUCAGCACAUACCGAUUAAUAACGAAGCAAUAAUUAAAUGUUUGUCAUUUAGGAUCAAUAUAUAUUUUUAAUUUAAUAUACUGUACAUGUCGCUUUUUAAUCUUACUCGCCGACAAUCAUGCAGGUUAAGCGUAUGGUCUUUUAUGAUCACAAGUAUACUGUAUAUGACUGUGACCAGGAUAUCUUUUGUUAUAUAGUGUAUUUUCAUAACUUCUUGCUUUCAAGAUGAAUAAAUA